AAACAAAAGCCAAUGUCCUCCCUCGGAGUCCGCGGCCGGCCAGCUCCUGGGGGGAAGAAAGCCAUGCUGCCCAGCCGGUAAGUCCAGCUGUGAGCGGGGUGUUCUGUUCUUCACUUCCAGCAAGCCAGAGCUUUAUAAAUGGACACUGACAUGGACUACGAAAGACCCAACGUCGAAACCAUCAAGUGUGUGGUCGUGGGUGACAACGCUGUGGGGAAGACACGCUUGAUCUGUGCCAGAGCAUGUAACACCACGCUGACGCAGUACCAGCUCCUGGCCACCCAUGUACCAACCGUGUGGGCAAUUGACCAGUACCGUGUCUGCCAGGAGGUCUUGGAGCGCUCCCGAGAUGUGGUUGAUGAAGUGAGCGUUUCUCUCAGGCUUUGGGAUACUUUUGGUGAUCAUCACAAAGACAGGCGUUUUGCAUAUGGCAGGUCCGAUGUUGUGGUCCUCUGUUUUUCGAUUGCCAAUCCCAAUUCCCUAAAUCAUGUGAAAACCAUGUGGUAUCAAGAAAUCAAGCACUUUUGCCCUCGUACACCUGUUGUCCUCGUUGGCUGCCAGCUAGACCUCCGCUAUGCCGAUCUUGAAGCUGUUAACCGAGCCAGGCGUCCUUUAGCAAGGCCCAUAAAGAGAGGAGAUAUUUUGCCCCCAGAGAAAGGCCGAGAGGUGGCGAAGGAGCUCGGCAUACCGUACUACGAGACAAGCGUGUUCGAUCAGUUUGGAAUCAAGGACGUGUUUGACAAUGCGAUCCGAGCAGCUCUGAUUUCCCGCCGGCACCUGCAGUUCUGGAAAUCACACUUAAAGAAAGUUCAGAAACCUUUACUUCAGGCACCCUGCCUACCUCCAAAAGCCCCUCCUCCGGUCAUCAAAAUUCCAGAGUGUCCUUCCACGGGGACGAACGAAGCUGCCUGUUUACUGGACAAUCCUCUGUGUGCCGAUGUCCUUUUCAUCCUGCAGGACCAGGAACCCAUCUUUGCACAUCGAAUUUACCUUGCUACCUCUUCUUCCAAAUUUUACGACCUUUUUUUAAUGGAAUGUGAAGAAUCCCCAAACUGGGGGGAAGGCGCUUGUGAGAAAGAGAAGCAGAGCAGAGAUGUCUUGGGACGGACGUUGAGUCUUGAUCCAGAUGAGGAAAGGGAAGAAGGCUCCCCUAGGACACCUCAGGCUGACCAGUGGAAGUCCUCAAGCAAGAACCUGCUGGAAACCGUGGGGCCGGAAGCCGAGGGCUCAGCCCCCGAGGCGGCACAGACUCUGUCAGGCUGGAGCAAGGGCUUUAUUGGCAUGCACAAGGAGAUGCAAGUCAAUCCCAUUUCAAAGCGGAUGGGCCCCGUGACUGUGGUCAGGAUGGACUCCUCCGUCCAGCCAGGACCCUUCCGGACCUUGCUCCGAUUUCUUUAUACAGGGCAACUGGAUGAAAAGGAAAAGGAUUUGGUGGGCCUGGCUCAGAUCGCUGAGGUCCUAGAGAUGUUUGAUUUGAGGAUGAUGGUAGAAAACAUCAUGAACAAGGAAGCCUUCAUGAACCAGGAGAUUACGAAAGCUUUUCAUGUCAGGAAAGCCAAUCGGAUAAAAGAGUGCCUCAGCAAGGGGACGUUCUCAGACGUAACAUUUCAGCUGGAUGACGGAGCCAUCAGUGCCCACAAGCCGCUGCUGAUCUGUAGCUGUGAGUGGAUGGCAGCCAUGUUCGGGGGGUCGUUUGUAGAAAGCGCCAACAGUGAGGUCUAUCUCCCAAAUAUAAACAAGAUGUCAAUGCAAGCCGUAUUGGAUUAUCUCUAUACCAAGCAGUUGUCACCAAACUUGGACCUGGACCCACUGGAAUUGAUUGCCUUGGCGAACAGAUUUUGCCUGCCACACUUGGUUGCGCUUGCAGAGCAGCAUGCCGUUCAGGAGCUGACCAAGGCUGCCAUGAGUGGCGUGAGCAUUGACGGGGAAGUGCUCUCGUACUUGGAACUGGCCCAGUUUCACAAUGCCCACCAGCUGGCCGCCUGGUGUCUGCACCACAUCUGCACCAACUACAACAGCGUUUGUUCCAAGUUCCGCAAAGAAAUCAAGUCAAAGUCUGCAGACAACCAGGAAUACUUUGAGCGGCACCGCUGGCCCCCAGUGUGGUACCUGAAGGAAGAAGACCACUACCAGCGUGUGAAAAGGGAACGAGAGAAGGAAGACAUUGCACUAAAUAAACAUCACUCCAGACGAAAGUGGUGCUUCUGGAAUUCAUCUCCAGCCGUCGCCUGAAGAGGAAGAGAAAAAUAAAUCAGUAAUCUGAUACACCACGUUUAAAAGCACUACUGUAAAAUUAGUCGUCGUCCUAGAGAUACGAUGUAGUUCGGGUUUCAGGCACUGACCUUCCUCCACUUCUGUGCAUUUAUCUUUGCUAGGAUCAAAGCACAAGCUCACCAUCAAUGAGCCUGGACAAAAAGGGAAGCUGACUCUCACUGCAUUCCUUAAACUAAUAUGUAUAUUUUUUUGUUAGGAGGCUUAAUAAACUUUAGUCCGUUAUUUUGUUUCUUUUUAUACAAGGAAAAAGAAAAAUAACAAUCCAGCUUUCAUGUUUCAGAUUCCAAAUUGGAAACUAUUUUUAUAUGGUCUCUUGUAUUUUGUUGAAAUGAAAAUACUGUGUAUUACUUUAUUUUACAGGCCACCGAUUGACCAUGAAGUCUCCCUGUGACUCUCUGUGCCCAUAUGACCACCGAGCGUAACUCCCUAAUUAGAGGGUUGCUCUUUUGUUGUGAAGUAAAGGGUUGGACUGAAAUCCCCCAAAGUGCGAGUUGGAGAGUGUUUAAUCUUUGUUCUGCUAAAUAACAUUGGUAUAAUUACCAAGUCAACUCCAAGAAUGUGUAUUUACAAUAUUUGCUGUGUAAGUGCUAGUAAUUAUAUGGUUAUAUGUGCCAUGGAAAAUAUAGUGAUAUCAAAUAUUCUGUUGUUUAAAAUGUCUAGAUUCAAGAGGAUAAUCUUUAUAAUCAUUAGAAGGGCUUAUUAAAUCCCAGCAUUAUCCAGGGCAAACUCACUCGUGGACCUGAAUACAUAAGACACCAUUAGAGCAUUGGUGUUUGGAUUGCUGUAUUAGGGUUUAGGUCUCAGUAUUCUCUGAUCUCGCCAUGCUUCUGCAUGCAGAUUCUCCACUGACUUGAAUUGAGAUGGGCAAGGGAAAAGGUCCUGGAGUCCAUUCCGCCAUCUACAGGCUUGUCACAUCUCACCACCGGAAACAGGCUUCCUCAGGUCUCCCACCUGUGGCCAACUUUGCUUUGUAAAACACGUAUUUUUAACUCUUCCCAGGGAAAAUUCUUGUCGCUGCAGAAGUAGGCUAACGCAGACCACCCACUCCCGCUGAAAUUCAGCAGGGCCUGUGAAAGCACAAAGCUGGAGGCUGGGUCUCUGCCUUCUCCAAUGCAGAAAGGAAUCUAUCAAAUUCCAAGAGUCUAGGAAAUGGUGCUAUUGUGAGUUAGUUCUGAUUCAUUGUCAUCCUGAGUUUUCAGUGUUAAAAUAGAAAGUGUGGAGCAGGGGAGCUUUGGGAGGCAGUCAGUCGUUGCUUCUCUGUAAAGUAAAUGGUAUAUAGCUCACACGGAAAGCAUGUUUAGGCCUGAACUCCAUACCUGCCAUGGACAUUGUAUGGCCAGGGCUUGGGGCUCAUUGGGUUGGAAGGUCAAUUUUUUAAUGCUAAGGGCUUUUGAUUUUGUUUUUAUUUUUUAUUUUCUAGCUUUUCAGAAGAUAGAAGAGAGACAGUUGAGUCCAAUCCCAAUGUUGACAGCCAUAGGUAUUUGAAAAUCUGCCUAGAUUAUAGAUAGGCUUUUAUUACUGG